GCGGAAUCUUGCCAGAAUAGAAGUUGAAUCGAAGAGGGCACCGUUCGAUGCAAGCGACCGAUUCGUUCAAGUGGGCGACGGUCACCUACCUAUAAAACGGACGUUGAAAAUUCCGAUUCGCUUACUUCGGUAUAAGAUGGCUACGAGAGUGUUCGCUCUAACGUUCGUUUCCCUCCUGGUAAUCCUCGGUGCCGCGGGAAUUCAAGGAUACAUAUGGCCGAAGCAGAACACCUACUCGACGAGGUGGGAUAAGGUCAACAUCGACGACAUAUUGGACAGCAAACGCCUAUUGCAAUAUUACUUCAAGUGUUUGAUGGGAUCUGGACCGUGUCCUCCCGAUGGACAAGCGCUGAAGAGAGCACUGCCGGAAGCCUUGGAAACCGCUUGCGCCAAGUGCACCAAGAGUCAAAUCGAAGGGGCGGCAAAGGUCAUAAGCUUUCUGAGAGAAUUCCAACCGGAAAAGUGGGAGGAACUCGCCACAAAGUAUGAUCCAGAUGAGAAAUAUCGUAAAAAAUAUUUCGAACCAUCGCCCGACAAUAAUACAGCGUGAGAAAAUGAUCGUUCAACGGCUUACGCAGUUCCUUCAUAUUCCAAAUAUUUGCCUCCGCCGUUAUUGGGCCGAGUAUCUCAUCUUCCACGUAAUACCGUAGGCUCUCUAUAUUUUUUUACCUAUCAUGCAACGAAUAUUUUUAAGCUAUUUAUCAAAUUGAAAUUAUCUUUACAUAUA